AUGCAGGCCACAGGGAAGCUUGAGGUGAGAGCGAGAGAGCGAGCUGAAUCUUCAAGAACCCAGCUGUGUCGGCUAAGCAAACGGUGGAGGCCAGGAAGCGCGCCGCUACCCCAUGGCCUGGGCGUGGCAAGGCCAUCUUCUGCAGCGCGACGACGCCCCGUACCGUCGGCUUCCAUUGGAACAGCAGAGGUCGCGUGGGGGAAGGGCCGUCCCAUGAUGGAGCCCAUGGGAAUGCUGCGACAAAGCAGUGCUCCAAGCCUCGUACCCGGUGGACAUGCAGGCUUCGAGCCCUACCAGAGACUCUCAAAGGCCAGCUACGACGUCAGCCGAAGCCCAGGAAUGAGGCGAUCUGCCUCAGCCUCUAACUUGAGCUUCACGCGCCCCACCGCCGCUCCGUCGAUGCCACAGCAGCCAGCCUAG